GUUGACUUGUGGCCGAGUUGACCUGCACCCAGAUUGAGUUGACCUGCACCCUUUUCUUGGCCCUAGAAAAGUCUAAGCCCACGGGCUAUAUCGGAGUAUAAAACAAACAAACAUGUAAAUAUUUAGGUUGGUGGGUGGGCCUGACUGGAUUCUUACCGGAGCCUAGGAUGAGUCCGGUAGCUGAGGAUUGAAUGCAUAAAUCUGUGUCAGUAGGUAAGGCAUUUUUUUUUUGGAUGAAAAAUGUAUGAAAUUUUGUGGCUAACUUUUGUUGCUGUGCUGUGGGGCGGAACAAACCCAUUUAUCAAGAAAGGAGGUGCAGGCAUUGAGGAAAUCAAAGAAAGGAAUGCAAUAAGGCAGUUCUUGGCAGAGUUGAAGUUUUUGUUUUUUAAUUGGAAGUAUUUGAUUCCAUUUCUACUCAACCAAUGUGGAUCAGUUCUAUAUUAUCUAACCUUAGCUACGAUGGAUUUGUCAUUAGCAGUACCUGUCACCAACUCAUUGACAUUUCUGUUCACUCUGGUAUCUGGAAAAUUCCUUGGUGAAGAUGUUGGUGGUAAAGAAACAUACCUCGGGAUGCUAUUGGUUUUGUCUGGUGUUUGCCUGUGUAUGUCAGACAGAUCGUGAACAUAUAAAUACCUAAAUUCUGAGCUGUCAAAAGCUUGCUGUGCUCACUACUGCUAAUAUAUUUAAUAGACUUGUGGAAGCCGUAGCGAAUGUACUUCAAGCCAAUUAUCAAGUUUACGUCAUUUUAUAGACAAUGUUGCCAGUUUAUUUUAGAACAGAGGCAGUUAAUGAACAAAUUCAUGUUGUUCGAUCUCUUGAUUUGAUAAUACUGUAAAAGGAAUAACUACAGUAUACACAAUAUGUUGAAUAUUAAAGACUUUUCCCCCUGUCAUCCUAAGUACAUUACUGUAUAGUGGACAGUUAAACUAGAAGAAUGAAUACAGACUGGAAAUGAACAAUGAUGGAGAAGUAUACAAUGCUAAAAGUUGGAUGUGUACACUCACAAUGAUAAAUGAAUAAAUAAAAUAUUGCAUAAUUGAUGAUUGA